AUGGCGACUGCGGUGGUGGCGGCGGCAGCCGAUCCCAUCCGUAAGCAACCCCGUCCGGGCCGGGGCGGGUUCGAAGCCCACGGACUCUCCGAAGAAGAGGCCCGCGUCCGCGCCAUAGCCGAAAUCGUCGGCUCCAUGGUCGACCUCUCCCGCCGAGGCGAAACCGUCGACCUAAACGCCCUCAAAACCGCCGCGUGCCGCAAGUACGGCCUCGCACGUGCACCGAAGCUGGUCGAGAUGAUCGCCGCGCUUCCGGAAUCGGACCGCGAGGCGCUGCUUCCGAAGCUGAAAGCCAAGCCGGUCCGAACCGCCUCCGGAAUCGCCGUCGUGGCCGUGAUGUCGAAGCCUCACCGGUGCCCUCACAUCGCCACCACCGGGAAUAUUUGCGUGUACUGCCCCGGUGGGCCCGAUUCGGAUUUUGAGUAUAGUACUCAGUCUUAUACUGGAUACGAGCCUACUAGCAUGCGCGCAAUUCGAGCCAGAUACAACCCGUAUGUUCAGGCUAGAGGUAGGAUAGAUCAGCUGAAGCGAUUGGGUCACAGUGUAGACAAGGUUGAGUACAUUUUAAUGGGUGGUACAUUCAUGUCGUUGCCAGCAGAUUACCGUGAUUACUUUAUUAGAAAUCUUCAUGACGCAUUAUCCGGCCAUACUUCUGCCAAUGUUGAAGAGGCAGUUGCAUACUCUGAGCAUGGGGCUACUAAAUGUAUUGGAAUGACCAUUGAAACGAGGCCAGAUUACUGCCUUGGACCUCACUUGAGACAAAUGCUUACUUAUGGUUGUACACGAUUGGAGAUUGGAGUUCAAAGUACAUAUGAGGAUGUGGCUCGUGAUACUAAUAGAGGUCACACAGUAGCUGCAGUGGCUGAUUGUUUCUGCUUGGCAAAGGAUGCUGGUUUCAAGGUUGUUGCACACAUGAUGCCUGAUCUUCCAAAUGUAGGGGUUGAGAGAGACAUGGAAAGCUUUCGUGAAUUUUUUGAGAGCCCCUUGUUCAGAGCAGAUGGACUUAAAAUUUAUCCAACACUUGUAAUCCGUGGAACUGGACUUUAUGAGCUCUGGAAAACUGGAAGGUAUAGAAAUUACCCACCUGAGCAACUUGUGGACAUAGUAGCCAGAAUCCUAGCCAUGGUACCCCCUUGGACACGUGUUUAUAGAGUUCAGAGGGACAUUCCAAUGCCUCUAGUUACUUCUGGAGUAGAGAAAGGAAACCUUCGGGAGCUUGCUUUAGCUCGGAUGGAAGACUUGGGCUUAAAGUGUCGUGAUGUUCGAACACGAGAAGCUGGAAUUCAGGACAUACAUCACCAAAUUAAGCCGGAUGAAGUGGAACUUGUUCGUCGUGAUUAUACAGCAAAUGAAGGUUGGGAAACAUUUCUUUCAUAUGAAGAUACACGCCAGGAUAUUCUAGUUGGGUUGUUGCGAUUAAGAAAAUGCGGCAGAAAUACUUCCUGUCCUGAACUCAUGGGGAAGUGUUCUAUUGUUCGUGAACUUCAUGUUUAUGGGACUGCUGUUCCAGUUCAUGGGCGGGAUGCUGGCAAGCUGCAGCACCAGGGCUACGGUACACUUUUGAUGGAAGAAGCAGAGCGAAUUGCUAGAAGGGAGCACAGAUCAACCAAGAUCGCUGUUAUUUCAGGAGUAGGAACUCGUCACUACUACAGAAAAUUAGGAUAUGAACUUGAAGGGCCAUACAUGGUUAAAUAUCUUGACUAGACUAAAGAGUUUCUGUAACACAGUUUUGUAACAUUAGCCAAUAUAGUUUCAGAUACACGGUCAGUUUGUACGAGUUUGAUUAUAUUCAGUGUGCGUGUUUUACUC